UUACAAAACACUCACAUGUGCAGCCAUUAACACACUCGCGUGUGGAUGGUGCUGUUUUAUAUAAACACUGGAGGUCCUGCUCUGAAACUGCUGCAUUAAACACUGAAAGUCUCCGGGGGAGAAAUGAAAAGGAAACCGAUGCAAUUAGAUGCAACUGGAUCAAAGGGUAAAGGAAAGAAAAGGACCGGAGAGGACUCUGCUCCAACUCUCUCCAAAAAACUACGAGACAGAAAAGAUGGAGAGACAUCUAAACAAGGCCCUCCUCUUCAGUCUGCAGGAGUUCAGAGGAGAAGUGGGCAUGGAAGCAUCCUGCACUUCAUCUACAAGAGCACUCUGGGUCAAAGUCUUCACUCACAGAUGAGACAGUGCUUGCAGGAACCUUUUGUUCGCUCACUGUCGUCCUAUCAUUACCACGGUGCCACCAGCCCCUUCGACCGCAGGAUCACAUGUCUGGAGUGGCAUCCCACACACCCCACUACUCUGGCUGUGGGGUCCAAAGGGGGGGACUUAUAUCUGUGGGACUUUAAGGCACCUGCAAAGAAAACUUUCAUUCAAGGGAACGGAGCAGGAGAUUUUAUCGGAGGGAUAAAGUUUUGCCCAAAGGAUCUUUCCAAAGUUUAUGUGGCUUCUGGUGAGGGCACGUUGACCGUGCAGAGUUUUGAGGGCUGCACGCCCACCCUUCUGUCCAGAACUCAAGAGUGUGGCCACGAUCACCACAAUGUUUGUUACUGGUACUGCUGUCUAGAUGUGUCAGUAAGCAGACAGAUGCUUGUGACCGGAGACAAUAUGGGACAGCUCGUCCUCCUGGGUUUAGAUGGCCAAAAGAUUUUUAGUGACAAGUUGCACAAAGCCAAAGUGACCCAUGCAGAGUUCAACUCCCGUUGUGAUUGGUUGCUGGCAACGGCCUCGGUUGACCACACGGUGAAACUUUGGGACCUGAGAAACAUCAAAGACAAGAAGAGCUUCCUCCAUGAACUGCCUCAUGAGAGAGCUGUCAACUCAGCCUAUUUCAAUCCAACGGACUGCUCCAAGUUGCUCACUACAGAUCAGUACGACGAGAUCCGGGUCUACUCGUCCUCUGAUUGGUCGAAGCCUCAACACAUCAUCCAGCAUCCUCACAGGCAGUUUCAGCAUCUCACACCCAUUAAGGCCACAUGGCACCCUGUCUAUGACCUGAUUGUGGCGGGUCGCUACCCUGAUAGCCGGGUUUGCCCGGGAGAUCAGAGGACCAUCGAUAUCUUUGAUUCCAACACAGCAGAGCUUGUGUGUCAGCUGCAAGAUCCUUCUGUCCCAGGGAUCAAAUCUGUCAACAAAUUCAAUCCAAUGGGCGAUGUGAUUGGAUCUGGAAUGGGAGUGACAGUGCUUGUCUGGAAUAGAAGUGAGUCACUGAUCAGCAACCAAAACAAAGAGGAGGAAACCUCAGCCUCAGUGGAAAAUUUAAGAGGCCAAAGGAGGAGUCAGCAGCGCUCCAGCAGGGACAGGAGAGGUCCUGCUGCUGUGGAUGCAAAGCUUAAGAAGAAACUGGCUUCUCUGGAAGAAACAAAGACCAAGACCAAGACCAAAGCUGGAUGUACUAAACAAAAACAAGCACAGAUGAAGAAGAAGUAAGCUGUAUAAUAGUGAGGAUCUUGAAAAUCCAUGUAUAUAUUUCUUUGUUUACUGUUUGUGUCAAAAACUUCAGGGAUUGUUUCAAUGUUUCAGAAAUACUUUUAUAAAUCAGCUUAAUACUGAAACUUUUGUAUGUUUUCACAGAUGUUUUUCUCCUAUGCUAUAAUAAAAAAUAUAUCAUUUCUUA